AUGCCGCCCCAGCCCCCUCAGCUGGCACCGCAGCCUCAACCGUCACCGCCGCCCGCCCAGCCCCCUCAGCCGGCACUGGAGCCGCCGCCGCUUCAGCCCCUUCGGCCGGUACCGCCGCCGAUACCGCCUCAGCCCCCUCAGCCGGCACCGCCGCCUCGGCCGCCUCAGCCCCGUCAGCCGGCAACGCAGCCGCCGCCGCCUCGGCCCCCUCAACCGGAACAGCCGCCUCAGCCGGUACCGCAGCCGCCGCCGCCUCGGCCUCUUCAGCCGUCACCUCAGCCUCUACCGCCACCGCCGCCAGCCCAGCCCCCUCAGCCGACACUGGAGCCGCCGCCGCUUCAGCCCCAUCAGCCGGUACCGCAGCCACCGCCGCCUCGGCCCCCUCAGCCGGAACAGCCGACUCAGCCGGUACCGCAGCCGCCGCCGCUUCAGCUCCUUCGGCCGGUACCGCCGCCGAUGCCGCCUCAGCCGGAACAGCCGCCUCAGCCGGUACCGCAGCCGCCGCCGCCUCGGCCCCCUCAGCCGGCACCACCGCUGCCUCAGCCCCCUCAGCCGGUACCGCCACUGCUGCCGCCUCGGCCCCCUCAGCCGGAACAGCCGCCUCAGCCCCUUCAGCCGGCACCGCAGCCUCUACCGCCACCGCCACCCGCCCAGCCCCCUCAGCCGGCACUGGAGCCGCCGCCGCUUCAGCCCCUUCAGCCGGAACCGCAGCCGCCGCCUCAGCCCCGUCAGCCGGUACCGCAGCCGCCGCCGCUUCAGUCCCCCUCAGCCGGCACCUCAGCAGCCGCCGCUUCAGUCCCCUCAGCCGGCACCGUCAGCAGCCGCCGCUUCAGCCCCUUCAGCCGG